AGGAGGAGGAGGAGGGGGCGAUCCAAUUGGUCUCAGGACGAGCGUGGUCAUGAGGACCACGCACGCGCACCCUCUCUGGGAGAAGCAUUUCGUCUCCCAGGUAGUCAGGAGCUGGAUGUCCCUCAACGUGAUGAUGUCGUUCCACGUCGUGAGGACCAGCCACCUGAUGGAGUGUGCAGUGCUGCUGUGGCGGCACAGCAGCAGGAAGGGGAGCCUUGUGUACAGGCUCCUGGCUCCGCCCCCGCUGCUGCUCCUGAUCGUAGGCCUCUGCGCCUGAGGUGCGGGCAGAGAUGCCUUGCAACGGCCCCGCGUGCGGUGGAAUCUACUGCGGAUCAUGCGCCGCGGUGACGGGCAUAUGCGCCCUCUCGACCAUCGGCGUAAUCACGGAGCUCAUCACCAGCUUCGAGGAUUGGACUCGGCGCAUAGAAGGAGCCGUCGAGGCCAGUUGCGACGUCAACAUGUACACGCCCCAGCAGACCCUGCUGUUCGAUAGUGAUGGGACGUGCUCGCGCACCGAGAUGUGCAAUUGGCAGUCCACUGACAUGAACGAAGGCUGGAAUGGCGAAGGCUACUGGUGCACUUACAGGGGUUUCGAGUCCGGCGGCUACAAGUACAGGUGCCCCUGCGAGGUCGUCGAAUCCGGACGCCUCGGCGAGGCCACCUGGUUCGUCGUUUACCCGACGACGGCGACGGGCGGCGAUUAUCUUCCAACUUCACCAGG